UGCUAUCACUCUGUUCCUUCAUUUGAAAAAAAAAAAAAAACAAAACCAACGGUGAGGCUCAGCUUACACCACCACCGAGAAACAAAACCUUCAAUUAAAUUUUCGAAACUAGGGCUGAAUUAGGAUCCUCUCUAAAUCGAUGGCCUGUUCUAAUAGUACAGCGAGAAAAGACGUUGAUAGGAUCAAGGGUCCAUGGAGUCCAGAAGAAGAUGAGGCGUUACAAAGGCUGGUUCAAAACUAUGGUCCAAGAAAUUGGUCAUUAAUAAGCAAAUCGAUCCCUGGUCGAUCUGGCAAGUCUUGCAGGUUACGAUGGUGUAACCAGCUGUCACCUGAGGUCGAACACAGACCUUUUACACCUGAAGAAGAUGAAACUAUUAUGAGAGCUCAUUCUCGCUUCGGUAAUAAGUGGGCCACCAUCGCUCGUCUUCUCAAUGGCCGUACCGAUAACGCUAUUAAAAACCAUUGGAACUCGACCCUCAAGCGAAAAUGUUACGACCUAAACGACGACGUGGCCCAUAACCCACAGCCUCUUAAAAGAUCCGCGAGCCUUGGUGCGGGUGGUCUUCCGGGUAGCCCAUCCGGAUCUGAUCUCAGCGAUUCAAGUUUACCCGAUAUGGCUUCUUCUCCGGUUUACCGCCCUUUGGCAAGAACCGGCUCCCUUGUUGUCCCGCCGGCUUCUCUUCCACUCGAUGCCACCUCUUCGACUACUACCACUACUACUGCAGAUCCGCCGACUUCCCUGACCCUUUCUCUUCCUGGAUCCGAUGAAGUUUCGAAUCAAAUAUCUGGACCCGAAUUCACACAGUUAGCGGUGCCAGUGCAACAAGUUCCAGCUGUACAACAACAGAAUGGAAUUGGGUUUGAGAAGCAGUUUUUUACACCAGAGUUUUUGACAGUUAUGCAAGAGAUGAUAAGGAAGGAAGUUAGGAACUAUAUGUCUGGGGUCGAGCAGAACGGGCUGUGCAUGCAAACUGAAGCUAUAAGAAAUGCUGUCGUUAAGCGAAUUGGGAUUAGUAGAAUCGAGUAGUAGAGUAUUAGUGCUUAAUUAUCAUUCUAAUCAUCCAGCUCAGGGGAUUAAGCAAAAUUUGGAGAGAGGAGAGAAAUUGCGUCUUUUAUUUUGCUUUAUACACAAGUAAUAAUUUUGGCUGUAGUGUACAGAUGAACAAAAUGGGGAAGGAUCUCAGAAAAGAAAAUGAAAAAAAAAAAGGAAAAGAAAUCCUUUUUGAAUAUAAACUUCAGAAAAAGAAAACAAAAUCUCUUUGCCCUUC